CGCAUGAAGUCGAACACACCUUUUAGUUUCGGUUUCAGGUGUCACCGGAUGUUAUUAUAAAAACAAAACUUCAACUCGCUUUCAUUUCAUGUGUUUGGAUCGAUGCAAAUUACAGGACGUAUAUCUGAGAUCGAGGGUAACAUAAUCAAAAUCCUUCAGCUCCUUUUAAGAUGGCAGGACCCGAAAGAAAAAUUAGGAGACGACUGAGCCUUGAUAAACCACCUAAUAUGAGCUGUAAUAACACAUCAGCAUUGAGGAUGUUGGCGUUUGGCAGCCCAAUUCUGAGUCAGAUCUCACUGUCGCGCUCUCUUUUGAGGCCUGAGAUCUUCAACAGAGAUGAUGUCCACAUUUCAGCCACCAAGAAAAGUCAAGGGGUCGUGCUAGAGAGAAACGUAACUCUGGUCAACAUGCCAAAUCUUAAGGAGAAUGAUUUGCCAGAGCAGAUACUUCAUAAGGAGCUGAGGAAGGCUAUUUGUUUCUCCUGCCCAGGACCUCACGCUGUUCUCUUUGUUCUGGACCCAUUUCAUUUGACCCCUGAACUCAUUGACAUAUUAAAACUUGUCAUACACUACUUCGGAGAAAACAUUUUAAAGCACACAUUGAUUGUUUUAUACCACGAUAAAGAUCUGAAAACCCUUUCCGUAGAGGAGGAGGUGAAGAGGGACAGGAACUUCAGAGACCUUGCUGAUAAAUGUGGGCAGAACUACAUCUUCUUUAAUGAGGAAAAAAACCAAACUGAUGAAAGUCAAACACAAGCGUUGUUUUCCAAGAUCGAUGAGAUGGUUUUGGAGCAUGGAAUUUUCUCGAACCCAGAAUAUAAGGAUGCUGACAAAAGAAUCAAGAUAGAGGAGAAGUUCCUCAGGAAGUCAAAGGAGAAAGCGAUCAACAGGAAGAUGAAUGCAUUGGAGAAUGAAUAUUCAGGAGAGGAGCUUGCCACUGAGAAAAACAAAUAUGAAAAAAGAGUAAAUAAAGAGUGCAGGGAAAUGGCAGAGCUGGUCGUUGCAGACAAACUUGGUUUUACGAUCAGGCUUGUUGACUAUGCUGCAGCAAUAGGAAAGGGUGCACUUACGGGUGCAAUACUAGGAUUUGCAAUCGGACUCGGAGUUGAUGGUAUGGCCGUAGCAGCCGCUAUUGGUGCUGGGCUUGGGGGAAUACUUGGAGGUGCGGCGAAUGCGGCGUGGAGCUACAUGGCCAAUUACUUUACAGAAGUUCGCAGAGAGACUACUUUGCAUGAGUAAAUAAAUGGGACUGUGAUUAUAUUUAAUGCGUAGCCUGUCGGAGCAAUAUGACAAACAUGACUAAAUAAGAGAAACAAUUGAAACAUUCAUGUUGUGCUUUCUUUCCAAGAAAGAUUGAUUUCAAUCUUUGACGUGGUCUUAUCGGUCAUUAUUAAAUAUAUGACGGUUUUCCGUUAUCGAUUAUUGCUGUAUUUGCUGUAUUUUUAUUUUUUUUAUGCAUUUUAUGUAGCAUCUCCAUUUUGAAGUGCUCUAUAAAUGUUGAUUUGAUUUGAUGUAUACAUUUUUGUCAAUUUAUAUUUUUGUGCUAUCAAACUUUGCAAACAAUUGUUGUUUUAGAAAUCUUUCUUGUUUUUAUAAGCAGGAACAAAUUUUAACAGAGAUGCCAAAGUGGUAAAGUAAUGUUUAUUGACCUCUAGUGGGUUGGAAGUGAAAUUGUACUGUGUACAGUCUUCUUGAAUGUUUAAAAUACUUCUGUUAAUACAUUUGCAUUAAUUAAUUUAGCAAAUACUUGUGAUUAGUGACAAACAAUUGUCAAAUACAACUUCAGUGAUUCAUGCUUAAGGCGAUAAUAACAUGAGACAUGCUGCAAGCAGAGGCAGACACUACUUGAAUAUUUUAAAGGUGCAGUGUGUAAUUUUUAAAAGGAUCUCUUGACAGAAAUGCAAAAUAAUAUACAAAACUAUAUUAUCAGAGGGGUAUAAAGACGUUUUUAUUUACGUACACCGAUGGUCCCCUAACAUGGAAGUCGCCAUUUUGUGCCACCAUGUUUCUACAGAAGCCCUUAAUGGACAAACUUUUUUUACUAAUUUGUCUCCGUCGAUGACAUGUUUUUCCGGUGGCGGCUAUCGUAGCUUCUCUAUGUGUUUCAAAAGUGAGGGGUGAGCAGUGGACUGAGCCGUUGGUUGCAAUUCGCAACCUCACCACUAGAUGUUGCAAAAAUGUACACACUGCACCUUUAAGUAAAUUAUGCAAGCAUCUGUGCUUUAUCAGUGUUUGUCUUGGGAAAAAUUUCACUUUACUUUACUAAAAAAUGUUCACUACAUUCUAAAGCAUAGAAUCAUACUGUGUAUUAAUUUUUUAUUGCAUAUUAAAAUUUAUUUAAUACCUAAUUACAUAAAAUUGUGUACUUUUACUUUUCUUAAGUAAAAGGUAAAUAUUAAAUAUAAACCAAAAACUUGAAAUUCUGAAAUGAAGUGGAGUAAAAAUUAUGAUAAUAUGCUUUUGGAGAAGAAAAACACUGAUAAAAUACGAAUACUUAAAACUUUUUUUAUGUAGAAAGUAAAAAUACUUAAGUAGUGUUCGGCGCCUCUGGCUGCAAGGCAAAACUCAGAAAUGAUUUGGAAAACUACAAAACAUGAACUAGAUUUAAGAUGUACUGUAUGACUUUGAAACAAUAAAAAAGAGAACACAUAUAUUUCA